UUUACCUCUACUUUCUCUCCCUCCUAGUCGUGUUCGUUUCCAUUUCUCUUGCCUUUCUUUGCCACGGUUCUGAGUCUAAAAAGUACAAACUUCCACCAGGUGCAUCUAGAUUCCCACUAGUCGGAGAGACACUCCAUUUUUUCCUGAGCGGCCCUGAAAAAUUUAUUCAUCAUAGAAUGAAAAAAUACUCUGACGAAGUUUUCGCAACUUCGUUGGUCGGACAGAAUAUGGCUGUAAUUUGUGGUGCAGCUGGGAACAAGUUCUUAUUAUGCACUGCAAACGAUUUCGUUAGUCCUUGGCUUCCAGACUCACUAUUGAUGUUUUUUAAUUGGGUGGAUUCUUCUGGAAAGUCACGCAAGGAUGUAUUUUCAAAAAUCCGCGGCUUUCAUCAAGCAGUAAUCAUGAGGCCUGAAGCUUUGAAGAAGUACAUACCCAUCAUGGAUUCCUUGACAAGGCAACACCUGAAGACUGACUGGGAUCCUUUCCAAGUAGUAAAGGUCCAUCCAGCAUCCCGGAAGAUAACACUUGCAUUGGCAUGUAAAUUAGUGCUAGGUCUGGAACCUGAACAAACUCAAAGAUUUUCUGACUCUUUCGCAGUCUCAUUACAAGGUCUGUUCUCAUUGCCUAUCAAUUUGCCCGGCACCACUUAUAAUCGUGCUUUGAAAGAGAUCGACAAGCUUAAGCAGGAAUUCCUGAAUAUCAUUCUAAAGAGGAAAAAGAUGGUUUUAGAGAAUGGGGAAAAAGCAGGUUCGGACAUACUGUCUCGCACGCUGCUGGAUGAAAACGCCCAUUUGUUGUCCGACUUGGAAAUUGCUCUUUAUCUUGUAAGUUUGAUGAUGCCCAGCUAUGAAUCCACCAGUGCAGCAAUCACCUUUGUCUUGAAAUAUCUCGCAGAGCUUCCCCAUAUCUAUGAUAUGGUUUAUAAGGAACACAUGGAGAUUGCCAAGUCUAAAGAUCCUGAAGAGCUGCUGAACUGGGAAGACGUUAAGAAAAUGAAGUAUUCUUGGAAUGUGAUUUGUGAAGCUAUGAGGUUAACACCACCAGCCGUAGGAGCCUUUAGAGAGGCCGAGACUGACAUCCAUUUUGCGGGUGUCACUAUUCCAAAAGGAUGGAAAGUGCUUUGGAGCCCAUUCACAACAAACAAAAACCCCAAGUACUUUCCUGAACCAGAAAAUUUUGAUCCUACGAGAUUUGAAGGUGACGAACCAACACCAUGCACAUUUAUACCAUUUUCAACAGGACCGCGAAUGUGCCCAGGAAAGGAGUAUUCCAGAUUCCUGAUACUCGUAUACAUGCAUAAUGUUGUGAGAAAGUAUAAGCUGCAGAAGUUGAUUCCAGACGAGAAGGUCCUAUAUCAUGGCGGCCCUUAUCCAGCUAGUGGUCUUCCCAUGCGUCUACAACCGCAUUAAAACUUAAUCAUAGUUUCUCUUGAAAUUUAACGCUUGAAACGCUCUGUUAGCAUUUGGCUAAUAUGUUUGGGUUGUAUCUGUCUUUCAUCAUCUAUGUAUGGGAUUUGGAUGUACUGGUAGCCUAUCAGACAAGAAGUCCUCUGUUUGCUGUUUGAAUAAUGAAACUCUAAAUCGUUUCGAUGGAA